AUGUCCUCGCUUAGUACUCUAGGAGUUGCACUUCUUUCUCAGAUUUCCGCCUGUCUUGCAGGAUCACCAUCACCUGUUGACACCACCCCCUUACUUCGCAUCUUUCAUCCCUCUUCCCGAUCUCUCAAUAUCAGCCCUCAUCAAGCUGAUGAUGGUGCAGAAGGUGAUGCCGACACCAAUUUGGAUGAAGACCAUGUUGCCAAUGUUGAUGAACAGCCUGGUGACGAGGCCCCAUUGUCGCUCCUGCUAGAGUUCAUUGCAUCAGGCAAGGAUCGUGUACCUGACGGGUACAUCACUGAUGCAAAUGGUUCGCUUCGCAUUGAUACAGCUGCUGACAUGUUCGAAGAAGUUGUUGUCGCUGGAGAACCUGAGGCUACCUUUAGCCUUUUCAAAGGCUUUGCGCAUCACACAAUUAAGGACAUCAUUUGGAAGAACUACCUCAUUCCUGCAGGUGCGACUGUUAUUGGCAACCAUUGGGCUAUCGCAAACAAUCCUGAAGUCUUCCCCGAACCACACAGGUUUAAUCCUCAACGUUGGAUUGACGAUGCAGGUCAUGUGCGCAAUGAUCUCUGGUUUUUCACUUUUGGUUUUGGCCGUCGUCUUCAUCAAUACGGCUCUCAUUAUGUGGCUUUCCGCCUUUUGGAGAAUCCUGCAGCGAAGAUUGACAUGCUUGCAUUCUUGGACACUUCGAACAUACAAGCUGCUCCAUUUGAGAUAUUGCAAAGAGGAUUGACGAGAAUGUGA